AUGGCAGCUAAGUAUUCUGAAGAUGAUGACUUCCAACAUCAUCUUCGCUUCUCUGACAUAACUGGGGAACCUCGUCGAAUGCUCUUACCCAUUCAAGGUUACGAGAGAAAGCCCGUGGUGUCGUUAGAAGAAGCUGUUGAACCUCUAGUUCAAUUCGUCCCCGAUGUCAAACGCAUGGCAUAUGUAGCCAAAAUGAAAUGCGCUAGUCCCCCAGCUGAUGAUCUAACGACGGAUGAAUCGGCUGCGAUUAUUUUGUACUCAAUGGAGUGGGAACCACAGGGAGAAUGCCUUUAUUUUGUAUUAAAUGCAACUCUUCGUGAAGAAAAUCGACGAAAACUAGUUCCAUGGUUCCUUUACUUGAAACUGGUCCUGACCGCAUUAUCACGUCUGCCCUCUGAACAACGUACGGUUUAUCGAGGAGUUAAAUGUGAUAUGCGACAGCAGUACACGACAGGGGAUACCAUUAUCUGGUGGGGAUUCAGCUCCUGUACAACAACGAUGGAUGUUUUGAAAAAUGAUCAGUUCUUGGGUUCAACUGGAACAAGAACAUUUUUUUCAAUUGAAUGCAAGAGUGGGAAGGAUAUUCAACAACACUCCCAGUACAAAACCGAAAACGAAAUUCUUCUUCUACCUGCUCGACAAUUUCUAGUUGUUGCAUGUCUCAAUCAAUCCGGUGGCCUCUACAUGAUACAACUUCGCGAAAUCGAUCCAGCAUACCCACUGUUAGAACCUGUGUCAAAAGACCCUCCAAAACCAGCCAAAAUAGUUGUACCUUAUCCACCACCACCACCAGUGACCAAAACAAUACACAGUUCCCCAAAGCCAAGCACUAAACCAGCACAGAAAGAACACCAAGAAUUUAAAGCACCUGGUACCUACGAGAACCUCUGGUGUAAAGGCCGCCCUUGCAGUAGAUGCGGUAAAUGUCGUCACAAUUAUUCAUUUUUCAUAUAA